AUGGUACAGAAAGUCAUUGAACCACGGCUGAAUCCCUCACCAAUGGUGGUCACACUCACAGCUCCUAAUCCUCCCAUUCUUAAAGACCCAACGUUAACAUCAACAUGGUCCCAUCGUGCAUGGGUAGCUAGUGGGUGCACCGCGGUGCUCAUCUCUCUAGCAAAGGCAAUAGCGGGUGCAGCCGAAUCAAAUACGUGGCUCGAGCUCAUUUUAGCAGGCUUGCUUGGCUAUAUUUUAGCUGACCUUGCAUCCGGAGUCUACCAUUGGGGUAUUGACAACUAUGGCAGUGCAUCAACUCCACUUUUUGGCACCCAAAUAGAGGCAUUCCAAGAUCACCAUAAGAGGCCAUGGAGGGUCACGAGGAUUCAAUUUGCAAACAUCCUACAUGUGCUUGCUCGUGGCGUGACCUUAACCGUGCUCCCAAUAGACCUUGCUUGUAAUGACCCAACCAUUCAUGGGUUCGUUGCUGUGUGCUCAGGUUGCAUUAUGUUCAGCCUGAAAUUUCAUGCUUGGGCUCAUACGCCAAAGAGCCAGCUUCCACUGCCUGUGGUUGCACUGCAAGAUGCAGGACUUGUUGUGUCAGGUUCAAAACAUGCUGCUCAUCAUCUUCCACCUUAUGACAAAAACUAUUGCAUGGUUAGUGGUGUUUGGAAUGAGUUUUUGGAUAAGCAAAGGGCUUUUGAGGCAUUGGAGAAGAUGUUGUUCUUUACUCUUGGAGUGCGACCCCGCUCUUGGAGUGAUCAUCCCAGCUCUAGCUGCAUGGACCAAAGAGACUCAGACCCCUUGAUGUAGAAGUUGAGCUCAAGUUGUCUUAACGUAAACACCAGAACGUAUAAAUGACUACAACCAUAGUAAUUUAAACUUUCUUCAAGUUCGCUUAGCUGGCUGGGUCUUGCAUGGAGGAGCCCAGCACAUCAACUGCAAUAUAUAUAU